AUGGCCUUCGAACAACAAUCCAAAGUCGACAAGAUCAAAGUCAAGAAUGACCCGCGCGUCUCUUUCCGCUCGGCGUUUCUGAACGGGAGGACAUACGGCUACCUGUUCAGCCCGGCGUCGGGGUCGGUGCCGAAACGGGGCACCGUCUUCCUGAUCCACGGCUUCCCCGACAUCAGCAUGGGGUGGCGCUACCAGAUUCCCUUCUUCACCAAGCUCGGGCUCGACGUGGUGGCGCCGGACUCGAUGGGCUACGGACGGACUGACGCGCCCAAGUGGACACUGCAGGACUACAGCUUCCGACGGGCGGCCGACGACCUGGCCGAGCUGUGCCGGCAGAUGGGACUGAGCAAGAUCAUCCUGGGCGGGCACGACUGGGGCGGGUCGAUCGUGUACCGGGUGGCGCAGCACUACCCGGACCUGAUCGCGGCGGUGUUCAGCAUCUGCACGCCCUACUCGCCGCCCAACGCCAGCUACGAGCCGCUGGGGAUCCUGGUGCAGAAGCGGCUGCCCAACUUCGGGUACCAGGAGCACUUUGUGUCGGGGGAGAUCGAGGAGGCGGUGCGGUCCAAGGACGAGAUCCGCCAGUUCCUGGUCAACAUGUACGGCGGGCGCACGGCGGACACGCGCGAGGUGGCCUUUGACGCGCACAAGGGGCUCGACCUGGCGCGGCAGCGGCGGAUGGGCACGACGCGGCUCCUCACCCCGGACGAGCUCGACUACUACGUCGACGAGUACGCGCGGCACGGCGUCCACGGCCCGCUCAACUGGUACCGCACGCGCGAGGUCAACUACAUGAACGAGUGGCGCGACUUCUACGACAACGGGCGCAAGGACCCCCGCCAGGCCGAGCGCGACACCCAGCUGCGCCAGGAGGUCCUGUUCGUCCUGAGCACAAAGGACCAGGCCCUCAAGCCCUUCAUGGCCGCCAAGAUGGGCGAGCGCAUCCCGCGCCUGACCCGCCGGGACGUCGACGCCGGCCACUGGGCGCUGUGGGAGAAGCCCGAGGACUGCAACCGCCUGAUUGGCGAGUGGUUGGAGGCCAAGGUGUUUCCGACGUUCGGCCGCGAGAGUAAAUUGUGA